GCUUUAGUUACUAUAUAUACAAUAAAAUAUGCAAUAUGCAGAUGCACUACAGCUCCCCCUAGUGUCUUCUAUAGAGAUGUGCAAUAAUUGUGACGAUCUGAAACCAUUGCGAUGAUCUGAGAGGAUUAUUUAAUAAUCCUGACAGCCCUAAUUGUAACAGUGUAUUUGUGGCAUGUGAAGAAUUCUCCCGAAGGCAUGAAGAUGUCUCUGAUGUUCUCUACUGAAACAUGGCUGGCGGGCAGAUCGAGUUUGCAUUUAUUUUCCCCGCUGUCAUCAGCUGCUCAUUGUACAAUUAAACACAAACGUCCGUGUGUAUUUUUAUUGGUCGCUUGUAUGCAGGACGUUUACUCAAAGAGGAUCAUACCAACUGCCUCCAUCACAGGGGUGGUCAACGUGGGCGAUCAGAAGUUUGAGGUUGUGACACACAAUCGCACUUUUCUGUUCCGAGCGGAGAGUGACGUAGAGAGAAGCGAAUGGGUGACCGUGUUGAAGAAUUGUAUUGGAGCGUCUCGGACACAAGCAGGUCUGGAUUUGACUUUUAACCCCAGUACGACCUCUGAGAUGAGAGGUUAUCUGGAGCUGCGUGGUCUGCGCUCUAAACUCUACACUGUGGUGUGUGGAGAUAAAGUCUUUCUCUACAAGAACACUGAGGAUUAUCGUCUGGGAAUAGGAAUCACUUCUAUUGAUAUGAAUGUUGGGAAUGUGAAGGAAGUGGACAGAAGAGCGUUCGAUCUGACCACACCGUACCGCAUAUUCAGUUUCAUAGCAGAUACCGAGCAGUUAAAGGACCAGUGGGUUGAGGCGAUGCGUGACUCGAUCGCAGAAGCAUUGUCUAACUUUGAAGUUGCUGAACAAAUCUGGUCAUUGCCAGCCAAUCAGAUCUGUGCGGACUGCGGCACGGCCAAGCCUGAGUGGGCGGCCAUCAACCUGUGUGUGGUUUUCUGUAAACGUUGUGCAGGUGAACAUCGUGGGCUCGGUCCGAGCAUUUCUAAAGUACGGAGUCUCAAAAUGGACAAGAAGGUUUGGACUGAAGAUCUGAUUCAGUUGUUUCUCACGCUAGGAAACGAGCGAGCCAAUCAGUUUUGGGCAGCGAACGUCCCUCCCAGUGAGGCUUUAGCUGUCGACAGCAGCAGUGAAGAGAGACGCCGCUUCAUCACGGCAAAAUACCGGGAAGGGAAAUACCGCAGGUAUCAUCCGCUGUUCGGUAACCAGAGAGAACUCAACAAUGUGAGUCUGACGGUCACACAACACAACAACACAACACAACACACCGCUGCAUCUGUCAACUUUUAUGAGGAGCUGUAAUGAUGGCAAUUGUUGAAUAGGAAUUUUAAAUGGACAAAUUCAUUUGAAUCAAGGAAAUGACUUAAACAACUGUGUGUGUGUGUGUGUGUGUGCGUGUGUGUGUGUGUGUGUGUGUGUGUGUGUGUGUUUGAUUAGUUUGAUUAGUCACCAAACUAUUCUAAACAUUUAGUCAUCUAAACAGUGUGUUAAUGUGUGUUUGGUAGAUUUUGCACCUGACUGUGACAAACAAUUAGAAGACUCAUUUUGUACAAACAACACACACACAUGUUGGGUUUCCAUGCACGCACACACACAUGGGCA